UUGUGUUUGGCCUCAAUCGGGUCGGUGUUCGAAGGCUGCCGAGCCAACCGACAGCAGGCAGUGGGUGGAUGUGUUGGACUGCUGCACCAAACUCUUCUCAGGAGCGUGUCGACGUUGGACUUUGGUCGUGGACCUUGAUCGCUGCGUGUCCUGGUGGAGGCGCUCGAAAGCCACACGCUGAACAUAAUCGACUCCCGAAUCCGUGGGGUUCUUGACGCCCAGCGAGCUCGGCGGCCAACACACUUGUCGGUAAAGCAAAGAUUCUGACCAGGGGCAUUUAGCUCGCGCGCUUCCGCUGUGUACGUGUGGCUGUGAAGUUAGCAAAGACUUGUCUGGGUGCAUAUUAUCAUUAUUAUCCGUGCAAUCUUGCUUGUUGUUGACACUGCGCAUGACAGUUGCAAUGUUGAGUCUCAAAACACGUGAACUCUUCCGGUGUGGUGACGUAAAGACAUGCGACAAGACCUAAGAAUAUUGCGCGUCAUCGGGGGUUGUAGUUGGCUGAGGAAUUUCAGUAAGUAACACGAAAGAGAAGCGGAGCUUUGGACAAACAUUUGGGUUUCGUCAACAGUGUCCGUUAAUUCAGAGCUCUUUAACGGGAAAGCUGUCGGAGUGUUUGGACGGUGUCGUUGAAGCACGGGGCGGUUUCAUGACAUUGCGGAGGACUACAAUGCCCAUGCGCCACGGGGCUCUGCGCGCCGUUAGGUGCUGAUAGAGGCAGCGGCUACGUCUGUCAGGAAAAAAACAAACCGCUUCCGUGUUGUUCCUCUUCAGCGACAGACACAAACAAGAGGAGCCCCGCGAGGAGAGACGCGGGGAGAGACGCGAUUCCGCACAGUCCGCGAGACACCUAGAAUGUUUUUGUAAGAGUGAGACGACGACUCGAGAGCAGCCAUGUCGUCAUCGCCGCCCGGCAGCAAGAAGAAAGACAAACGGAUCCUGUCGGGCUCGUGCCCGGACCCCGCGUGCCAGGCGCGGCUCUUCUUCCCCGCUGCGGGCUCCGCCGCGUGCAUCGAGUGCACCGAGUGCGGCCAGCGGCACGAGCAGCGGAGUCUGCAGCGCGUCGAGGAGGUGACGGACCCCGACGUCGUUCUACACAACCUGCUGCGGCACGCGCUGCUGGGCGUCACGGGCGCGCCCAAGAAGGGCCCCGAGCUCGUGAAGGUGGCGGGCCUGUCCAACUACCACUGCAAGCUGCUGUCGCCGACGCUCACGCGCUACGGCAUGGACCGGCAGAGCGGCCAGGCGCGUCUCCUGAGCGACAUGAACCAGGGCGACAUGUUCGACUGCGCCCUAUUGGCCGACCGCGCCUUCCUGAUCGAGCGCGAGCACCUGGACUCGGCCGGCUACGGGCAGGACCGCUCGGGCUCGCUGCUCUACCUGCGUGACACGCUGGCCCAGGUGCGCGCCGCCAACGACCAGCAGGAGCGCCUGGUGCCCGUGCACGUGGACGGAGACGGCCACUGCCUGGUGCACGCCGUGUCGCGGGCGCUGGUCGGGCGCGAGCUGUUCUGGCACGCGCUCCGGGAGAACCUGCGCCGCCACUUCGCCGCGCGGCUGCCGCGCUACACGGCGCUCUUCGCCGACUUCAUCGACGCCGCCGAGUGGGACGACAUCAUCAGCGAGUGCGACCCGCGCUUCACCCCGCCCGAGGGCGUGCCGCUGGGCCUACGCAACGUGCACGUGUUCGGACUCGCCAACGUGCUGCGCCGGCCGAUCCUGCUGCUGGACUCGCUGAGCGGCAUGAGCAGCCCGGGAGACUACAGCGCCACCUUCCUGCCGGGGCUGGUAGCGCCCGAGGACUGCCGCGAUCGCCACGGCGACCUCAACAAGCCGCUGUGCCUGGCCUGGAGUAGCUCCGCCCACAACCACUACAUCCCGCUGGUGGGGGUGCGGGGGGCGGGGUCGCCACGGUUACCCGCCCAGCUGCUGCCCAAGGCCUGGGGCGUGCCGCAGGAGCUGAUUGGCCGCUACAUGGCGCUGGACGCGGAGGGCGGCUGCGUGAUUGGCGGAGAGCGCUCGCUGGGCGACGCCUACCUGCGGCGGCUGGUGGUCGCCAUGGACGCGGUGUUUGAGAGCGAGCAGGGCGUGAGCGCCGCCCUGGUGGCCGACGUGCACCACUACGUGUUCCGCCGCAGGGGCGUCGUCGGGGCGACGCCGGAGGAAGUGACCUCGUCGGCGCGGCGAUGGCUCUCCGAGGGCCGCCUGCACCGCUGCCUGGCCUGCGGGGGCGUGUCCGAGCUCAGCGUGCCGCGCGAUUGGCUGGCGCCCGGCGGCAAGCUGCACUCAUUGGCCGAGCGCACGCACGGCGCCCUCCAACCCGAGCGCAGCUACAGCUUCCCGCUGAUGUCGCUGGUGUGUGUGUACGACUCCUCUAGCGCCGCCCUGGUGCCCGACUACACGCGCAGCUCCCCCGCCGCCUGCCACAGCUGCCACUCCUGCGCGCUGCGCCCGCUCUCGCCACACGGGGGCGUGCUGUACCGCGACGGCGACCGCACACACACGCCCAGCGCCCGCGGCAGCAAGUGCGGCUGCGGCUACAAGCACCACUGGGGCGGCCGCGAGUACGACAACCUGCCCGAGCCGCUGCCCGUCGCCAUGGAGUGGGCGGGGCGCGUCGUCAGGGAGACGGUGUUCUGGUGGCAGUACGAGUCCGACGCGGCGCUCAACUCCAACGCCUACGAGGUGGCGGCGCGCCUGGUGGACACACACUUCCCCGGCGAGUUCGGCUCCGAGCCGCUCGUCCAGAAGGUGGUGACGUCCAUCCUGCAGCAGACGGCCCGCCGGGGCCCUGACCAGUACCGGCCCGUGAGCCUGGAGCACGCGCACACACACACACACACACACACACACACGCCCCCCGCCGACACACACACACACACCCACACACACACACACACGCCCCCCGCCGACACACACACACACACACACACCCACGCAGAGCCGCCCUCCAAGAUCAUCCUGACCGGGCACACACACACACACACACGCACUCUGCACAAGGAGGAGCUCACCAUGAGCAAGGCGGAGCUACGCUUGCAGCAGAGCAUCAGAGACCACGCGCCUCUCACACAGCAGCGACACACACACACGCCCAAAGCUGACGGACACACACACGCUCACACACACACGCCCAAAGCUGACGGACCCGCACACACCCCUAAAGCUGACACACACACACACGCACACACUGCCUCGGCCACUUCCUCAUCGUCGGCUCCGCCCACACCCACCAAGGCCACGCCCCCAGCCAGCGGCGAGAAGAAGAUCCGUGUCACCACUAGUGACGGUCGCCAGGCAACGCUGACGCUGCAGCCGCGGACCAAUCACACGGAGCUCCAGAGCGCCAUCGCCGCAGCCUUCGCCAUCCCACCUGCACGCCAGCGAAUCAGAGCCGGCUUCCCGCCCAGGCCCCUCCUCCCCCCCGCCGACGCCUCCGACGACACGCCCGUCCCCCUCCAGCACGGAGAGAGAGUCAGCGUGGAGGUGUUGCGGACAGAGGAGGAGUCAGCAGUAAACGGACGAGAGGAGGAUGAGAGGAGAGCUGUGGAGGAGGAGAGGAGAGAGAGGGAGGAGAGGAGAGGGGGAGACAGAGAGGACCCUGUGAGUCGUGCGGGGAGAGAACUACAAGACAACAUCGACCUGGAGAUCUCAUCACUCUGCCUACUGGCUACACUUAUGGGUGAAGAUGUUUGGUCGUACGCCAAGAAGCUUCCCCAUCUGUUCCAACCUGGUGGAGUGUUCUACAACAUAGUCAAGAAGGACAUGGGUUUGUUGGAUGGGAAGCACUGCUCCCUCCCCCAGCUCCCGGGCCGUGUGUUUGUGUACAGUUCCCGUGACGACCGUCUGGAGCUGUGCGCUGAUGCCGCCGGCCAUUUUCCCAUCAGCCCCGGCGUGGACGAGCUGGCCAAGGAGGCGGGGCUAAAGCUGCCGCCCGACGGAAGCCCCUCCCACGCCGGCAUGCGAUUGGGCAGCGGGGGCGCCGUGCGGAAGAAGGAGGCGGUCCCGGCGUUCCAGGGCAAAGGCCAUUCGCUGGGCAGCUCUCCGGCCACGCCCCUCUCGGACCACCGGCCAAUAACGCGGCAGCACAGCAGUGGGGUGGACCUGAGUGGCAGCGUGGCUCCUCCCAUCGAGCGUGAGCUGGUCCGCAUGGCGCCCGGGGUGGUUACCGCGACGACGGCGAGGGAUGGGCGUGGCGGCCUGGAUCCGGUCGCCGUAGAGACGCAGCGGAAGCGCCUGCAGGAGAUGGUGUGGUCCAUCCAGGCGUCUAUGGACAAACACACACACACACACACACACGCACACACACACACACACGGCGCCGCACGUCAGACUCAGGAGCAGCAGGAGGCGGAACAGAUGGAGGAAGACUCCACCCCCACUGAGCCCAUGGACCAAUCAUAAGCCCCCACUGAGCCCAUGGACCAAUCAUAAGCCACAUAGUGCAAAAGCCCCGCCCACAGACACUCGGUCUGUGUGUGUGCGUGAACCUGCCUGUUAUCAUUCAUGCUGUGUGUGUGUGUGUGUGUGUGUGUGUGUGUGUGUGUGUGUGUGUGUGUGUGUGUGUGUGUGUGUGUGUGUGUGUGUGUGUGUGUGUGUGUGUGUGUGUGUGUGUGUGUGUGUGUGUGUGUGUGUGUGUGUGUGUGUGUGUGUGUGUGUGUGUGUGUGUUUUAACGUGCCUCUGAUCACCUUCAGUUGCUGGACUGGACUCCCCUACCACAUUAUCUUUCACAGUCUGUCUCUCUCUCUCUCACACACACACACACACACACACACACUCUCUCUCUCUUUCUCUUUCUCGCAUAUAAAGAGACACACACACUCUGUUAUAUAUGAAGUCACACACACACAUGCAAACAAAAUAGAUGCCUGAGCACUUUGGGAGUUGUUGGUGGAGACCCUUUGCCCUUCGACAUGAACUGGUACACACACACACACACACACACAUAUUGACACACACAAACACACACACACUGCUCAGCUGCCUGGUGUGUGUGUGUGAUUGAUUGUAUUAUAGGAGUAUAUAAUGUAUAAUAAUCAGACGUGUACAGACUCGUCUGUGUGUGUGUGUGUGUGUGUGUGUGUGUGUGUGUGUGUGUGUGUGUGUUUGCUGCUUCGCUGCAAGGUCGGCUCAGAUGUGUAACAGUGCGCAUGCUCAACAUUUUCAACCCAACAAUAAAGGAACCACUUCAUGGAAA